UGCGUCGCUUCCCCGUAAUGACAGCCCGUCACUGCGGCCAUUCACAUGCAAAUCAGCGCUUCGGGGGGCGGCGGGGAGAGGCUGGACCCGCCUGGACCAGCCUGCCUCACGGACCACAGGGGACUCCGCGGCGGCCGGAGUGAACGCAGGACUUUCAGAUCUCCUGAUCUCCAAAUCGAUCGUAUUCAGCUCUUGGAGAUUGUACUGUUCUCGGUCCGUCUGUGAUUAAACCCCCAUCAGCUGCCGUGUGAAGUUGGCCCGUUCUCCGGUUCCCGGAAGCCUCGACUCUGGACCCGGGAGACUCUGGACCCGGGAGACUCUGGACCCGGGAGACUCUGGACCCGGGAGACUCUGGACCCGGGAGACUCUGGACCCGGGAGACCCAGUAGAGCCUGGACUCUGGACCCGGGAGACUCUGGACCCGGGAGACCCAGUAGAGCCUGGACUCUGGACCCAGCAGCAGAGCUUGAUGAGCCAGCCCGAUGCGGGGGCGUCGCCGGCGGGGGUCCUGGUUCUGUCGGAGCGCCUCCUGGUAGCGUCCCACAAGGGCCAGGCGGAGCAGGUGGUCCAGCUCAUCAACAAGGGGGCCCAGGUGGCCGUCACCAAGUACGGCCGGGGGCCCCUCCACCUGGCGGCCUACAGGGGCCACAUCGAGGUGGUCCGCACCCUGCUGAAGGCUGGCUGUGACCUGGACAUACAGGACGAUGGGGAGCAGACCGCCCUCCACCGCGCGGCCGUGGUGGGUAACAGUGAUGUCAUCAGCGCCCUGAUCCAGGAAGGGUGUGACCUGGACCGACAGGACAAGGACGGUAACACCGCCCUCCAUGAGGUGUCGUGGCACGGCUUCAGCCAGUCUGUGAAGCUGUUGGUGAAGGCCGGGGCCAACGUCCACUCCAGGAACAAGGUCCGUAACUCCUCCCUCCACCUGGCGUGUCAGAACGGCCACGCCCAGAGCGCCAAGGUGCUGCUGCUGGGGGGGGCGCGGCCCGACACCAAGAACCAGGCGGGCGACAGCAGCCUGCAUGUGGCGGCGCGCUACAACCACCAGGGGGUGAUCAACAUCCUGCUGGGGGCCUUCUGCUCCGUCUCCCUGAGGAACCAGGCGGGGGACACGCCCCUCCAUGUCGCUGCGUCUCUGAACCACAGGAAGUCGGUGCGUCUGCUCCUGGAGGCGGGGGCCGACAGCAGCGCCUGCAACGCUGCGGGCCAGACGGCGCUGGAUCAGGCCCGAGAGAACAACAACCCAGAGGUGGCCCUCCUGCUGACCAAGGCCCCCCAGGUGCAGCGGUUCGCCCGGGGGAGGAGCGUGAGGAAGAGGAGGGAGCGGCUGAAGGCGGAGGGCCGCGCCCAGUCCGUCCCAAGGGACCAGAUGCUACCUAGCAAGGACAGCGCCUCGGCUGCAGACACCCACAGCAGCGACCUGGUUGGCUGGAAGGACGCAGAGCCCGCCCAAUCGAACACCAGGAGGUCCAUCAACAGGAAGCAAAAGGAGAAGCCCUCGCUGUCGGACCCCCCCCGCCGUCUGGAGACGCGUCUCGGGGAGUCGGCCCAGCGGAGGCGGAGCAAACAGCAGGGGGGCUCCCCUCAUUCGCCGCUGCCCCCCCACAACUAUAAAGCCUACCAGCUGUACACGCUGUACCGCGGCCGCGACGGCAAGGUCAUGCAGGCCCCUCUGAACGGCUGCCGCUGCGAGCCGCUGAUCAACAAGCUGGAGAACCAGCUGGAGGCGACCAAGGAGGAGGUGAGGACGGAGAUCCAGACGGUGCAGGAGCUCAUGAACACCAAGCUGGGCCAGAUGGAGAGAACCAGCCAGCAGCAGAACCGAGCGCUGGACAAGCUGACGGUGGAGCGCGUGGCGGCGGAGAGGUCAGAGUGCAUCCAGAGGAUCGAACAGCGGGCCCAGCAGGAGAAACAGGAGGCCACCAAGAGACAGGGGUCAGUGGUGGGGGAGCUGAAGAGCUGGUGUCUCUCUAAGCUCCACCUGAUGGAGCUCCGGCUUGGGGGGGACCAGCGCUCCCCGACCCCCCUGCGCCGCUCCACCUCCCUGACGGAGGGGCUGACCCUGACCCCCAGCCCGGGCCCCCGGGAUCCUGAGGACCCGGAGCGCGCUCCAGGGGCCGGCGGGGCCCCCAGCCACUACUUUGUGGUCCACGCCGACAGCUCCCCAGAGGGAGAGAAGCAGCGUGACGCGGCCGUGAGUCCCGUGGUGCGACCGAAGGAGCGGCCGGCAGCGCCCUCUGCUGACCUCCGCAGGCCGCAGCCGGGACUGCAGGACGUGGAGGCCACGGAGGACGGAGCAGGCAGGAGGGGAGAAGAAGACAGCAGAGACCAAAGAGAGAACCGGGUCAGUCUGGACCGGUUCAGUCUGGACCGGGUCGGGACUGAACCGGGUCUUCGUGUUCCCCCAGAAGGGGGGUCCCAGGGCUGGAGGAGGCGUGGGGGGGGCAGCAGGGCCAGCAGCCUCUCCCCCACCACGGAGCGCCGCUUCAGCACCAGACCGGACCGUCGGGACCCGGACCGCCGGGAUCCAGACCGCCGGGACCCCGACCGCCUCGGCCGGGACCACAAGACCAAGACCCACAGGAGGACCUCCCACGGCAGGACCAGGUCCAAGGGCGCCGCGUCGGGACCCCCCUCCGCCCCGGGACCCGGCCCCAGAGACCUGCAGACCCUGGAGGUGUUUGGGGCCCCGGGCGGCGGCGGCGGGGCCCCCGGCGGCGACGGCGGGCCCCCGGGCUGGGAGCAGGAGCGGGAGGGGAUGCACGCGCUGGAGGUGAGCCAGCUGUUCUUCGAGGCGGUGUCGGGCCAGAUGGAGCGCUGGUACGAGAGGAAGGUGGAGGAGGCGCGGCGGCUGGGCGACCGGCGGGCGGAGGCCGACCGCGCCGCGCUCACGGAGCGCAUCGGCGUCCUGGAGGACGAGCUCAGGCUGCUACGGACGCCCGGGGGCGGGGAGCAGGGGUAGCACGCUAGCGCUGGCUCACACACUCUGUUAGGGCUUGGCAUUGAUGUUGACACACACACACACACACACACACACACACACACACACACACACACACACACACACACACACACACACACACACACACACACACACACACACACACACACACACACACACACACACACACACACACACACACGACGUGUGAGAGUAAAACUGCAGUAAAGGCCACACCCUUGUUCUCAGUCUCUGAUUGGAGGACUUCGCUGCAGGCGGGCUCACUUUGCCAUUGAAGCUCCCAGGAGGGCCAAUCAGAACUCCCCAGAGGCGGUGCCUCUUCUCACUAAAUCCUGGACCACACGUGUGUGAACUUAGUAGUUCUGGCGGGCUCUGAGCCCAGCCCGACGGCGGGCUCUGAGCCCAGCCCGACGGCGGGAACGUGUUGCCGGGGGCUGCGAUCCAGAAGGUUCCCACCAGGGGCAGCUGUUGUAGGUAGUGGGUCCAUAUACCGGCUCCUCUUGGUAGUUUUCCGGCAGCUUCAACCAGGUUCUAUUGUUCAUCUUAUCAAGGGCAAUAAAGAUGGAGAGGGAAGCUCGCUCUUCCACACACACCGCAUCCUGUAUCCUAGUAACACCGUGCCCUUUCAUACAUACAGGAUGUCCUGAACACACACUCUGUUACAUACAGGAUGUCUGUUACAUAGUUAGAUUCAGGAUGUGUUACACACACUGUUACAUACAAGAGAUCUGGAACACACACUGUUACAUAAAGGAUGUGUUAGUGUUAAGGAUGUCUGGAACACACUGUUACAUGCAGGCUGUCUGGAACACAGCUGGUAAGUUUAGCUGCUCCUCCAGAUGUGGAAUCUGCCAAGAUAAGAUCAUUAAGAUUAAUAAAAAGAUUAUUGAUGCUGGAGGUCUUCGUUAAAUAAAACCCUUUACCAGUCCUGAGAAAACAUAAGCUCAGCUCUGAAUGAGGAUUUAAAUUAAGUUUUAUUUGAUCAUACAUUAACACAUUGCCGAUAAUGCAAGCGUGAUAACAUGUUUACACAGUGGUUAGUAGUGGAUUAAGAAAGUAAGAUUAACCCGUCAGUGAUGUUGACUAUACCUUGAAAAGAGAGGAGCCUGGGAAACACUUUCCUCCACUGUCUCUCCAACAGUAAGAUGUACGACGAUGAUAAAAAAGCUAAACUGCAAGGAAUGUCCGCCUGUAAUUAACUUAACAGUGACCAUUUCUCUUUCUCUUUACACUUCUUUGCCUUAUAAUUAAAUUAAGAAGACGUCUCUCACACACGCACACAUUCCAAGACCAACUCCAAACUCCUCCCAACACCAGAGAAUCAGAAGUCCAAAAGAAGAGCCCAUUAAAUAUGUAUCUCCAUUCUUGUACAUUUCUGUGUAACCUUAACUGUUGUUUCUAUCAAUACUCUGCUGUACAUAAUGUGUGUGAAUUCAGUCUGUGUACUUUGUGAGAAAAUGAACUCAACAGUCCUGCCUUUCUGGUUUCUUUUUAAUCAACAUCAAACAUUCAUAAGUCAAGGCUGAAGUCCCAGAUCUGAUUCAGUCGGACGGUUCUCGGUUCAGCCCAGUUCUCCUGAAGCUCCUCUUAAGAAAUCGGAAUAAUCCCACUGGUUCCAAACUGUGGACCUGGGACCCAAACCGGCCCCCAAAGUGCUCCCUGGGGGGGUCCCCCGGACAGAUGUGAAAACUUAGUUUCACUUUCACAAAAAUAAGCUCAGAACCCGGUCUUCAUCUGGAGGAGAAGACUGUCUGGGUCAUCGGGUUCUGUUUGGCUGCCAUUAGCUCCUCAAGAGUUUCUCUGGUCCGUCUCUUCCUCCAUUCUCACUCUGAAUGAGCCCCCCGCCCCCCCCAAUGAUGUCAUGUCCCAGUUCUCCCAUCAAGUUCGCGUCCAGCAGGCUCAGUAAAGCCACAACAUCACCUGGGGUCCCCAUCACCAGA